AUGCUAACCACGAAAGAAAAGCGAACACAAAAGGUUGCUAACCACGAAGGAAAGCGAAAACUUGCUGACCACGAAGGUAGCGAAACAAAAAUGCUUACUACAAAGGAAAGCGAACACAAAAAGUUGCUAAACCACGAAGGAAAGCGAAAACUUGCUGACCACGAAGAAAGCGAACAUAAAAAUGCUAAACCACGAAGGAAAGCGAACACAAAAG